AUGGAUAAAUCUUUAACAACUUUGUUGUUUUCCUGCACUCUUGUUAUCUUCUUGUGUGUCCCAUCUGUAGCUCAAACUUGCAGGAACUAUGCUUUCUCUGGAAACCGAGUGUACAGCAAUUGUAAUGAUCUUCCUCAGUUGAGCUGUUCUCUUCACUGGAAUUACGACCCAUCAAAAAUGACAGCUGAUAUUGCAUUUCGCAAAACUGGAGCAUCAACAUCUAAUUGGAUUGCAUGGGCUCUAAAUCCUAGUGGGCAAAUGAUGGCUGGUUCACAGGCUCUUGUAGCUUACCAACAUACCAAUGGCACCGUGACUGCUUACACUAGCCCAGUAACUCAAACCCCAACUUUGCAACCUGGUAACUUGAGUUUUCAGGUUCCCAGUAUUACAGCGGAGUCUUCAAGUGGGGAUAUGACAAUAUUUGCAACAGUUCAGCUUGAUGCUACUUUGGUUGCGACCAACCAAGUUUGGCAAGAAGGUCCUUUGAGUGGAGGCAGUCCUGCUCAACAUCCUACAAGUGGACCAAAUGGGCGAUCAAUGGGGACUGUGAACUUUGCAUCUGGAGCAGUAACUUCAACUGGAGGAAUUAGCUCGAAAGACCGUAAGAGAAAUGUUCAUGGAGUGCUAAAUGCAGUGAGUUGGGGAAUUCUUAUGCCUGUAGGAAUCAUUAUGGCUAGGUACCUAAAGGUGUUCAAGUCAGCAGGCCCCGUAUGGUUUUACCUGCAUGCUAUUUGCCAAACUUCUGGUUAUGCUGUUGGUGUUGCUGGAUGGGCAACUGGUAUUAAACUUGGAAGCGAUAGUCCUGGAAUUACCUAUGGCACCCACAGAAAGCUUGGCAUAACCAUCUUUGCUCUUGGAACCCUUCAGGUACUUGCCUUGCUUUUGAGGCCCAAGCCAGACCAUAAAUACAGACUGUAUUGGAACAUAUACCACCACACCAUUGGAUAUACUACAGUAAUUUUGAGCAUUAUUAACAUCUUUGAAGGAUUUGAGGCUUUGGACCGUGAGAAGAACUGGAAAAAGGCUUAUAUUGGUGUUCUCAUAUUUCUCGGGGCCGUCGCGGUUGUUUUGGAAGCAGUUACUUGGUUUAUAGUGAUUAAGAGAAAGAAAGCAGCAAGUUCUGAUAAGCAUGUUAGUGGAGCAAACGGAGUUAAUGCAUAUGGUUCCAGGGUACAGCAGACUGUGUAA